CCGCAGCGAAUGUGUAGCGAUGCUGGCGCAGGCAGCAACAUGGGCACUUAAAAUCAUACUCUUACUAUUCAUCUUGCGGCUGCUGCCUUUUCCUUCAAUAAUCCAUCUAAAAGCCAUGGACGGCUCUGCGUGGUAACCGGCCUUGACACUACCCUGCACAAUCGGUCUUAUUCCCAACAGUGCUCUCCUCCCCCUCCGUCCAACGUCAACUCACCUACAUACUCAUUCUCCUUCUCUCUCACCUUCUCACAUCCCCCUCAGCCAUGGCCUCCGCCACAGUCAAGACACGCAUCCUCAUCAUCUCCGACACGCACGGCGCCAAGCCCCACGUCAAGCCGCCCUCACGCACCAGCGACGGCAACAACCAGCCCGGCGACGACGGCGGCGACAACGACAACGAAGACGAGCUCACCUCCUCCCCCACCGCCAAGCUCCUCCACCACUCGCCCACCGGCUUCCGCGACCCCCUGCCCGAGGCCGACGUCGCCAUCCACUGCGGAGACCUCACCCGGCGCAGCACCGUCGCCGAGUUCGCCGCCACCUUCUCCUUCCUCUCCGCCCUGCGCGCCCCGCUCAAGCUCGUCAUCGCCGGCAACCACGACCUCGCGCUCGACGCCGAGCACUGGUUCGCCGGCUUAGACGAGGACGAGGAAGAGGACGAGGAGCAGGACGAGGACCACAAGGAGUGGCAAGCCCGUGCCCUGCAGGAGUGCCGCGACGACUACCGCGCCGUGCGAGACAUCGUCUCCCACGCCGAGGCCCACGGCGUGCGCUACCUCGCCGGCGAGGGCACCCACGCCUUCGCGCUGCCCAACGGCGCGCGCCUCUCCCUCUACGCCAGCCCCUACACGCCCGCCUUUGGCGGCUGGGCGUUCCAGUACCCGUCCGGCGAGCACGCCUUUGGCAUUCCCUCGCGCGCCUCUGCCGUUGACGCCGCCGUUGACGUCGUCGUCACGCACGGCCCGCCCCUCGGCGUCCUCGACGGCGCCGGCGUCGCCCAGCUCCGCGGCCUGCCCCCCGAGCACCCGGCCACCGAACACGCCGGCUGCGACGCCCUCUUCCGCGCCGUCCACGCCGCCCGCCCGCAGCUCCACUGCUUCGGCCACAUCCACGAGUCGUGGGGCGCCUACCUCGCCACCUGGCGCGACGACGACGAUGACAACGCCGACGAUGGUGAGGCCGACGGCGAAAGGGCCGACGCACAACAUCUCCAGCAGCAGCGGCACCAGCAGCACCAGCCUACCGUGCACUCCGCCAUCGACUCCUCUGCCUCACAGUUCGUCCUCACCGCCCGAGAGCUCAAGCCCCAGACGCACGCCGACCUCCCCGCCGUGACGCCCGACCAGGUCCGUCGCCUCGCCCGACUUAGCAGGCAGCGGUGCGUGCACGUCGACACCACCGCCGACGGCGGCGGUCUGCCAACGCGCCUGCAAAAGGGUCGCCAGACGCUCUUCGUCAACGCCUCCAUCAUGGACAUCCACUACCGGCCCUCGCAGCUGCCGUGGCUGGUCGACCUCGAUCUCCCGCGAGCCGAGGCGCGGCAGGAUGAUGCUGGGCCCUCCACCUGAAUGGCGGGGGUGCGAGACUUGGUUUGGCGGGCGUUGACGAAGCAGCGAUGUUGCUUCAACGUGAUACCAUUAUCUAGACAUUGAACCGCCGUUACUGUUUUGGAAACUAUGAGUCUGCGACAUUUGCAUUAGAGGACCAGCCAGCAUUGGUUGGUCAGAGAAUAACCUGAAUUUGGAAGCCCUGGAUGAAUGCAUGAUCGAUCACGCUGGGUUGCAUGAGCGCUAGAAGUGUCUGCCACACAGUCACUCGAAAGUCGAGUAUAUAUAUAUAGAAUAGGGCCAAAAGGAGUAUUCACGAACCUA